AUGACCGGUCUUGCUAAUAGUCAGCCAGCUAAAACUAGUAACUUUGCCCCCGGAAUACGGGAGCGAAAUGGGUUAAAGCAAUUCAUCGUCUCAUCACUGCUUGCCGUGGCGUUGGCUUCUCCGCUCGGGCCAGUUCUGGUUAAAAACCCGGAAGCCGACGCUCAUAUCCUAUCGUACGAGAAUGUCCUGCACGACGAUGGACACUUUGGUUGGUCCUACCAAACAAGCAACGGAAUCAGUGCACAUGAGGAGGGCCUGGGAGCACACGCCGCUAAUGGAGUGUUCACCUACACUGGACCGGAUGGCGUUCAAUAUCGGGUACAGUACGUAGCCGAUGAAGGCGGCUACCGGGCUGAAGGUGCCCAUCUGCCAACUCCCCCACCAACUCCGGAUCAUGUGCUAAAAUCGCUCGAGCAGAUUCGUGCCAAUCCACCCCGCGAUCAGAAGGAUUUCAGCCUGGAAGCGCUGGAUGCCACCAUUGCGAGACUGAGACACUAA